AUGCGGAAAGAGUUUCAAUCGGUCGUCUACGCUCAACACGCAUAUUCGGAUUCCACCAAGGGCUUCCAUCAGUCGUACAACCUCGCCUUCCACAUGCACACGCAUACGAAGGAAAAGCCGUUCAGAUGCUCGAUAUGCGGCAGAGGAUUUUGUCGGAAUUUCGAUCUGAAGAAGCACAUAAAGCGAAUGCAUACUGAUACCUGCUCCAAAUAA